AUGUCCCCAUAUGCUCUGGUCUUCAAAAAAUCUUGUCAUCUACCCCUCGAGUUGGAACACAAGGCAAUGUGGGCAAGCAAAAAGCUGAACUUUGAUCUGGCAAGUGCGGGGAAAGUCCGAAAGUUGCAGUUGAACGAGUUGGUCGAGUGGCGAAUGACUACCUACGAAAAUGUUAAGCUCUAUAAGAAGAAAACAAAAAAGUGGCAUGAUGAUCGCAUAAGCAAUCAGACCUUCUUCGAGGGCCAACAGGUACUUCUAUUUAACGCACGUUUGCGAUUGUUUCCAGGGAAGUUGAAGUCCCGCUGGUCUAGGCCAUUCCGCAUCAAGACUAUCUUUCCCCAUGGCGCAGUGGAGCUAACAACUGAAGAUGAGAGCAACGCAUUUAAAGUCAAUGGUCAACAAAUUAAGCUCUACUACGGGGGUGAUGUGGAACGACGAAUGGAGACCAUCGACUUAGGCAAACAGGAUUGA